GCAGAGUGUUGGGCGGUUAAGAAGACUCAUGUGCGUCGUCUGCAUGCGGCGGAGAUGCGAAUGUUACGAUGGAUGUGUGGGAAACAAGGUUGGAUAGGAUUUCGAACGAAGUUAUCCGACGUCAGUUGGGCAUGGAGCCGGUGAAAGAUAAGCUGCGGGAACCGAGGUUGAGAUGGUUUGGUCAUGUGAGGCGGCAGAAUGCUGAUGCCCUGUACGAAAUGACUUUCAUUCCAUUGUACUUGGUUGACAUGCUUCAAGAGGACAAUGAAAGUUUGCUUGAAAAGAUUCGACUUGCAGAGGAACACUCUGAGGAAGCAGAAGCUCGGGUUAGGCUUCUAGAGAAGCAGGAAUUAGCACGGGCGAUCAACCCGGCAAUCUGGGCUUGUUGCUUAGCUGACUCUUUCUCUAGUAUCUCGAUCUGGGCCUGUUGGUCGGUUGAUUGCUUCUCUAUUUUUCCAAUCUUCUCCUUGAGUGAAGUUAUUUACCCGCGAAAGACUUGCUUGUGUUUCAUAUGGCGGCGCUUGGCUUCCAAAUCCGUGACACUCUCCCGAGACAACUACCUCUUGCCCAGUCGCCUGGCUCUCCCCUGUAGGAGGAUAUCCAUGGGGGAAGGGCCUGGAGUAAUCUCUGCCGAAGAAGUAGAAGAGACCACUUCCGGCGCUGGGGAGAUCAUCGGAAUGAGAGAAUCAAUAAGAGUGGCUUCUGGGCCUGAACUACUUAAAGGGCCAGAAGUCCCAUCCUCUCCUCGCACCCCAUGGGCCAGCGGUUCCAGCAGGGAACCCCUCGUUUCAAUGCGCGAGGAGGAAGUUAGCUUACCUCUGACAAGUGCGAAGGAUGUAGGAAGCAAGGUAUUUGUGGGCAUUGGCUGUGAAUUGCCUAGGACGUAUCUCCCAAGUCGUGCAUACCUCGCGGAUGAAGGAGUGCAAUGGGAGCCUGAAACCAGGGAGGACUGAGUCAUAAUGCAUAACCAGGAAGCGCUCCGGGUCAGAAUUAUAAGCAAGAUUGAUCCCACGGCGUCCGGAUGAUGGACUCUAAACAUAUCUCCUAGGAGGUCAUGCAUGAGGACAAGCUCCGAAUCCUGAAUCGUGGAGGAUUCAAGCCACCAUUGCUCAAUGUUAGAGGAUUGGGAAGUCAUGCUGCAGAAAUUUGGGAAAGAAAGCUGUGGAUAGUGG